AUGAAGGAGCGUCUUCAAAAGGCGGACUUUCGCGGAAGGCGGCCACACCUCUUCGUUGGGAAUCUGGCAGAGGAGGUUGACGAGCAGACGCUCCGUGAGACCAUGGAAGCAGUUGGGGAAGUGUCCCAUGUGCGAUUGGUCCGCGACAAAAACGGCAAGUCGAAGGGCUGUGGCUUUGUAGAAUAUGCAGAUCCGAGCUGUGUCGACGAUGCGCUGGAGACGCUGAAGGACGUCAUGUGUCGAGAUCGCCCGAUGAACGUGCGGAGGUACCGUUCGCGUUCGCCAUCUCCAGCUGGCCGCAAGAGGAGCCGGUCACGCUCGCCCAGAAACUCGGUUCCAGAGCCUGCUACGCCGCCGGUAUGGAGGCCUCCGGCAGUUGUGCCUUCAUACCUCAUGCCUCCAGUGAUGCCUGCACCGCCGUCUCUGCUGCCUCCUCCACGGCCCACCUCCAUCGCCGCGCCUUCAGCCUCAAGACCAACAGCGAGACCGACGUGCGCAGCCCACAUACGCGACAACGCAGAGGCUUCGCGGUCUCGUAGCCGGUCGCGGCUUCCACAUCCAAGGAGCCCAGCGGAUGAGCCUGAAGCUUGGCAAGAUGAGAACGAAACUUGGCAAGAUGAGACGGAAACUUGGCAAGACGAUAGGGAGACGUGGCAAGACGAUAGGGAAGCGUGGCAAGACGAUAGGGAAGCUUGGCAAGAUGAUCGGCCACCUUGGCGCGAUGACAAGGAAGCUUGGCGAGAGUAG